AUGAGGAAGUUUUGGUCGUUUGGGUCGGUACUGAUGACGCGAGCACCCCGAGCUGCAACGCAACGGAUGUUGGGAAGGCUUCUGAUCUCUCCGGCAACUUUUCGGGCUGCCGCGAGUUCUGGUCCAGCCAGUCCUGACCUUCCCAGCGGCAGCACGAGUUGUGUGAAGACUCGCCCCGAGCUCGGCAUGGCAGACUUUUCCGGUGAACGAGGGCUCUACCAUUCGGGUGACACGCUGACAGAAGUGCAGGAGAAGAACAAACAGCUGCGAUCCUUUCUGCAGACGCUUUCGUGGCCCAGGUUGACUGGUUUCAAAGCCCAUGGAAAACUGUUUCAGUUGCCCGUCUCCCUGAAGGAGUCAUCUCCUUCAGAGUUGCUUGAUCCCAAGAGACUUAGUUACCUAGCGGGCUUCUUUGACGGAGACGGUUGCGUUUCUUUUCAAAGAAACUUGUCUGGAUGUACCCUCAAAGUUGAUCAGUCUUUCGUCCAGCCCGAGAUCCUACUACUCUUCCGCGACAUGUUUGGUGGUAGCAUCUCGCGCGGAGGUGAUGGAAAAGGCCUCAGAAGGCCGUUACUUUCCUGGCAAGUAUACGGCAGCCUGGCUCGUCACGCGGCACACCUUCUCUCCACGCACAGCAUCCUCAAGAAGAGGCAGCUGUUGCUGGCUGCUGCAUGGCCAGAUGAGCAGGCAGACAGACAGGUUGCCAACGUCGAGCUGCGGUCUUUGAAGCAAUAUGACUCUGCUGUGGUUGGGACAUGUAGCCUGGAGUACAUCACAGGUUUCUUUGAUGCGGAAGGAUAUGUGGGGCAAAGGGGUCACACGUCACUUUUUCUUCAGUUGGGUCAAAAGCAUUCCACCGUCCUUCACUGUUUGCAGGGCUUCCUUCAGAGCGAGUUCCGGGUGAAUGCGCCGGUUCGAUUUUACCAGAGUCUGUACAUGAUGGACAUCUCGGGCACAUCGACCUGCAAGUUUCUUUUGCAUGAGAUGUUACGGGCCGGAUUGAUCUGCAAGGCCCAGCAGGCAGAAGCUGCAAUCGGGCUGACUCUUGACAAUUGCGAUGACACCCGUGCUGCACUUGCAAGGAUGGUGGGCAACCAACGGUUCGGUCAGAAAUUGGACAAAUCUGGUGUCGGGAGAGCUUUCAAGAUCAAGUGUCUGCAGAGCCGGGCUGGAAGCCUGCUGCGGCAAGGAGAGGUGAAGGAAGCCGAAGCGAUUCUGCAGGAAGUCGCCGGUUUAAAGGAAGAUCAUCAGUUGCUGAAUGCACAGCGGGAGAACCAGGAGCUGCUGCAGUACAUAGACUGGGUACAAGGAUUGCAAGGAAACUUCUGGCAAGUUACCGACAACUACAUGUGA